GUCUGUGUAGCCGCGGGCGGCGGUGGAGCGGGGUCUGACGUGUGUGUGUCCGGGGCCGGGCACGGUGCUAGCUGCAGGCACGGCCGGGGUUACUGCGUCAUCUCAGGGAGACCUGGCAAGCAUGCUAAGCCGUGGGGCGGACCUUGGGCAAUAGGACUUGUGGAGACCACUGUUCUGCGUGCCGCACAUGGCUCCUGAGAGGCUAUGCUGGCCCAGCACCAGGGUCCUUACACACCAUUUGCUUCCUCAGAUAGAUUCAGGGAGUAGAACUUGUUCAGAGACUUACAUAUGAAUCAAGAUAACAUGUUCUAUUGCUAAAUCAUUGUCUCGUGUUGUAAUUAAUGAAAGAACCAUCGCAAAUGGCUGAUCUGAGAUGUAACGUCUGCUUUCGACAGCCUAGCAGAGAAACACCUCGAUUUGCCAUAACAAACUGUGGUCAUGUGGUGUGUGACCUCUGCCUGCAGAAAGGAAAAAAAGAAGAGUGUGGUGUGUGCAGAUCAUAUUGUCGCACGAUAUUUCUUAAUGAUGAGACGCAUCCUGAUAUCAAAAUGCUUUUUAUGGAUGUUAGUGCACUGUGCAACAAAUAUUCAAAGGAGUUCACAGCUGUUGCAGACUUUCAAGACAGUCAUAGGCGCCGAUUAUCAGCGCAUUGCAAAGGAAAGAUAGCAAAGUUAGAAGAAACAAUUAAGGAGUUGACCCAAGAAUUACAAAAUUUGAGAGCUUCUCAGUCUUACAACCGAUUGCCAGGUUCUGGUGAUUUAAGAAAUCUAGGACCCAUAACACAUCCAGAGAAACCAAAUGGAAUGUCGCCAUUUUCUGUCUCUAUAUCGCGUGCACCCAAUUCCAAAACGUUUGAGUCAAUGGACUUUGCUCCUAGUGCUCCCAAGAAGAAUUUUACAAUAGCUGGACCAACUAGAUUGUCCAUGAUAAGUCCACGUCGAGAUGCGCAUUUGGCAGCACAUCCAGAGAAGCAGAAUGGAACGUCACCAUUUUCUGUCUCUGUAUCACGUGCGCCCAAUGCCAAGACGGUUGAAUCAAUGGACUUUACUCCUCCUCCUAGUGCACCCAAGAAGAAGAAUUUUACUAUGGCUGGGCCAACUAGAAUGUCCAUGAUAAGUCCACCUCAAGACGGACGUAUGGGUCAAGUUCCCUACAGAAGUAGUAUAACAGGAUCAUUAAGAUCAUCUGUGUGUUCCUCUCAGCCCAAUGUACACAGCCAGCUUUCACAACCUAUAUCACAAUCUGACCGCACAAGUGUUUUUGACUUAUCUAGUCCAAGAAGCAGCCAGAUAUUCCAGCGGACACCUGUGUUUACCCCGUCACAAGGUGCAAGGCAGCCAAUUACUAUUGCCAAUAUUUUGCAGCGACGUCAUUAAAACUAGCAGCUUUCAAACGAUAAAUAGUUAUUGGACUAUAGCGGAAUUCUGGUAACUAUUUAAUGCUGCUUACUUGUUUAUGUUAUUCUUGUUCUUGUUCAGUUAUUUUAAAUAAACAAUAUAAAAUGUG